GGGGCAGAGAGAGGGAAGUGGGCGGGAGCUGAGGGCAGAGUCGCGAGAGUCGCCGGCGAUCGCGGGGCGCUGGGCAGGUGGGAGCCCGCGCGGGCCGGGCCGGGAUGAGCAAUGGCAUCAGUCAAGGUGGCCGUGAGGGUCCGGCCCAUGAAUCGCAGGGAAAAGGACUUGGAAGCUAAAUUCAUUAUUCAAAUGGAGAAAAGCAAAACAACAAUCACAAACUUAAAGAUACCAGAAGGAGGGACUGGGGACUCAGGAAGAGAACGGACCAAGACCUUCACCUAUGACUUCUCUUUUUAUUCUGCUGAUACGAAAAGUCCAAAUUAUGUCUCACAGGAGAUGGUUUUCAAAACCCUUGGCACAGAUGUCGUGAAGUCUGCAUUUGAAGGUUAUAAUGCUUGUGUCUUUGCAUAUGGGCAAACUGGAUCGGGAAAGUCAUACACUAUGAUGGGAAAUUCUGGCGAUUCUGGCUUAAUACCUCGGAUCUGUGAAGGGCUCUUCAGUCAAAUAAAUGAAACCACCAGAUGGGACGAAGCGUCUUUUCGAACUGAAGUCAGCUACUUGGAAAUUUAUAAUGAACGUGUGAGAGAUCUGCUUAGGCGGAAGUCAUCCAAAACCUUCAAUCUAAGAGUCCGAGAGCAUCCAAAAGAAGGACCGUAUGUUGAGGAUUUAUCCAAACAUUUAGUACAGAAUUACAGUGAUGUCGAAGAACUGAUGGAUGCGGGAAAUAUCAAUCGAACCACGGCAGCGACUGGGAUGAACGACGUCAGUAGCAGGUCUCAUGCCAUCUUCACCAUCAAGUUCACUCAGGCGAAAUUUGAUUCUGAAAUGCCGUGUGAAACCGUGAGUAAGAUCCACCUAGUCGAUCUUGCUGGAAGUGAGCGCGCAGAUGCUACUGGUGCCACUGGGGUUAGACUGAAGGAAGGGGGGAAUAUUAACAAAUCCCUCGUGACUCUGGGAAGUGUCAUUUCUGCCUUAGCCGACUUAUCUCAGGAUGCAGCAAACCCUCUUGUGAAGAAGAAGCAAGUUUUUGUGCCUUACAGGGAUUCUGUUUUGACUUGGUUGUUGAAAGAUAGCCUUGGUGGGAACUCUAAAACCAUCAUGAUCGCCACCAUUUCACCUGCUGAUGUCAAUUACGGAGAAACCCUAAGUACUCUUCGCUAUGCAAAUAGAGCCAAAAACAUCAUCAACAAGCCUACUAUUAAUGAGGACGCCAACGUCAAACUCAUCCGUGAGCUGCGUGCUGAAAUAGCCAGACUGAAAACACUGCUCGCUCAAGGGAAUCAGAUUGCCCUCUUGGACUCUCCCACAGCCUUAAGUAUGGAGGAAAAACUUCAGCAGAAUGAAGCAAGAGUAAAACACCAGCUCUAUGUGUUCUUCGACAACACUGUCCCAAGGUACUUUUCUGCCACCAUCUUUAGGAUCAAGUUCGGAGUCCUUAAUAUAACUUCCAAGGCUCUUCACUAUCUGGCUUCUGUUGUCCUACUUGAAUUUGAGCGGCAACAGCGUGAAGAACUUGAAAAAUUAGAAAGUAAAAGAACAUUUCAGUUAGAGAAAAGUUAG